UAAAUUAAAUAACGUGCCGUUACUCGUUACUUGGCCUACUCAGAAUCUCUCAAUAUGUCCCCUCCACUUGAAAUGAAAUAAUAUCUCGUCUACUCACAAUUUGACACUCAAAUAAAUGUAUGCAUUACAAUCCAUGAUUUGAAUCACCAUUAACUCAGAUCUUUCUAACGAAAGUCAGCUAGCUCGUGACUUUAAAUAGCUUAGCCUUUGGCAUUGCAGUGCCAGUGCCUAGCGCCUGCAUGUCACAGUCGUCACAGCUAGACGGUCGAGCCGAUAUAUAUUGGCUGCUGGGCCUGGGAGCUGGAGAGAGCUAGCGAGAUCGAGAGCUAGCUCUACAUUCCGUCGUGUCUGAUCUGCUGCUUCCCCUAUAAAGGCUAUAUAAUGAUAUUGUUCUUCAUAAUUUAAAAAUGAAUUUUACCUGAAUAAUAUCAAAAUAUUUUGUUUUAUAUUUCAAAAUGUAAUAAGAUGCAAAAAUAAAUGUAAAAUUCUGGAACCCAAAAUUCUGUUUUUUUUGAAGUUUUGUUUGAAUAAUUAAGGACACAUCACAAAAAAUUGGAUCUCAGUCCAGGCGGCGCUAGCGGCGAGCACGAACGAGUUGCUCGAAAGCGUCUUCAAGAUCAACCAAAUUACCGAUUUAUGAGGAGGUUAACAGAACUGUUAUUGAACUAUGUCUCUCUAUGAUGGACUGGGAGUGGAUACAGGACCGUCUAAGAAGGACAGCUCUGCUGGUGAUAAGAAAGGAGAUGUUUCUGGAUGGUCAGCUGGCAUCAAGAUGAUGCAGUCUCAUCUUCGCAUGAAGAAGGCUGCUUUAACCGAAGCCCAGCGCAAGAUGAAACAGCCAUCUAGCCGUUCAGUCCUUGACCCCAAGAAAGUACCACCACCUGGUGUUGGUCCUGGACCUGCAAGUAGUGCCAGAUCAAUUGGAGAUGGAGGUGGAAGGGAUACGAGUGGAAGGGAUACGAGUGGAAGGGACGCUGGUGGAAUAGAUUUAGGUGGAAGUGCAGGAAUAUUAGAUGAUCAUUCUCGAUUCAAACCAUCUAAUCUGCCACCAUCAAAAACAUCAUCUCCAUCUGUACCAAGAUUGGCUCCUUCUUAUUUGCCAUCAAGUAAUCUUGGUUCAGAUGGUGAAAAUGAAUAUGACCCAGCUUAUCCAAAUGAAUAUGAAAAGGUUGCAAAGAAGUUAAGAGAGAAGAGGGAAAGGGAGCGGGACGAGCAGGAUAGAAGAGAAAGGGAAGAGAGGAGGAGACGUCGUGAGAGAGAACGAGAACGAGACAGGGAAAGGGAUCGUGACCGUGAUAGGGAACGCCGUGAGCGUGACCGGGAUCGGGAUAGAGAUCGAGACAGAGAACCACAGGGAUUUUCCAGACGUCCAGCCAGUGAUGAUGAAGAUGAUGAGAGAGACAGGGAAAGGAGAAGGAACACUGCAAACAGAGCUGCUAUUGCCCCACCAUCCUCACUUAUCAAUGAGGAUUCCAAACCUAAAGAUGAUGGAUUUGCAGCUCCUCUUCCCCCUUCAAGAGAUAGACCUUAUGCAGAUAUGAUGAAGAGAAAGAACCAAGAUCCAGAUGACCCAGAAGGUGCCAAGACACCUCCAAGGAUCAGUGAAUUUGCUCCACCUCCAGAGCAAAAUACAUUUGUCAAACCACCUGCACCAAAACCAAACUUUCAGGUCCCAGUGGGGUUAGGUACUGACUCAGUGGCAAUGAAAAUCAUGACUAAGUAUGGUUUCAAGGAAGGAGCCGGGUUAGGCAAGUCAGAGCAAGGAAUAAGUACAGCACUACAGGUUGAGAAGACAAGCAGAAGAGGAGGAAAAAUCAUCAAUAAAGAUAAAGAAAUACAAGAGCAAGUUGUAAUGCCACCUCCGUCGAUGCCUCCCCCAGCUGCUCCCAAGUCUGGUCCAGCACCCAUCACAGAUGUUCUUAGGAAUCCAACUAAGAUCCUUCUCUUAACGAAUAUGGUAGGUCCCGGUGAGGUAGACGAUGAACUUGAACCAGAGACAGCUGAAGAAUGUACCAAGUAUGGAGAGGUUGUCAAGGUUCUCAUCUAUGAGGAUCCCCUCAAGCCUGACACUGAAGCUGUGAGGAUAUUUGUAGAAUUCACAAGGGUAGAAGCAGCAGUAAAAGCUGUUGUGGACUUGAAUGGCCGUUUCUUUGGAGGUAGGAUUGUGAAGGGCUCUUUCUACGAUCCGACAAAGUUUCAAAAAUUCGAACUCACAGCGUGAUCAUGGUUAAAUGAGGAAAGAAAAACAACUGGACCAGUGAGUCAACAAACCCCACAUAAUAUUUAACUGCUGGGACUGACCUCUAUGUUCGAGCUUGAAACUGAUAAAAAGGGAAUCCAAACCCAACCAAAGUCUAAAUGUAAAUGAUAAAGUUUAUAAAUGACAAAAUUCUGUAGGUGAACUUCAAGUAAUUGAGUGAAUUCUCCCAUUUGUUAUUUUCCCAAAACUUUGCUGCCAGCAAAGGGUCAUGAAUGUGCAUGUAUAAGACACCUCAAAGUGGAAGAAUCCAGCAUAUUCCAGUGUUUUCAUUUCCCUUUUUAGACAAUUUACAUUUUAUUAUCAAUAAUGUAUAUGAGAAAUUCAACAUGUUUAAAGCAAAUAUGGAGAAAUAAAAUUAGUUCUAUUUUUGUACAUGAAAUCAGGAAGUUGCCCUGUAGCUAUGUCACAGUCCAUUCAGUAAAUUGUCAUUUUAAAAUGAACCGGUCAAAUAUUAGUAUUCUUCAUUAUUAUCUCCAUCCUAAUUUACACAAAUUUAUCUUAUACUACCCUUUUAAGUCUUGCUUGCUUAAUCAUAAAAUAAGAUUCCCCUUGAAGUGUUUCCCAACCCCUACCAAUUAAAAAUAUGCCCAGAUCAUCUUUUCUUCAAGUUUUAACUCUUCAUAGCAAGAUCCUUUUGACUACAAAAUAAAAUAAGGCUGCUCAGAAUUGCUGAAGAUGCCAAUGAAAUACAGCUCUAGAUAGCAAUCUUCAUGACCCAUUUGGGAUUUGCUCUACUCAUUGAAGGCCACCCCAAAAGCGAAAUUAUGGAACACAUAUAGACACAUCAGACAAACAUGGAACAAAAAAUUCAUGAAAAUCAUAUAUAAAAUAAGUUCUAGCGUUUUUACGUUGUUGUUUUUUUUUUUUUUUUACAAGCAAUGUGCUCAUCCUGCUUAUUACUUCUGUAUAUCAUUAUGAUAUAUUGUGCUUAUGAUUAAGAUAAUCUCAAGUUAAUCACAAUGAAUUAAGAGUAUUGAUAUUACAUUUUCCUUGGAGAAUUGAACCAAGUUUUCAAAAGAUUGAAGCAGAAACUAAGGAAUAUUUUAUAUUUCAUAUACUGUUUAAUGAAAUGCAUAAGAAAUAUUGAUAGUGUGAUGUCAGUGAUUGCUUCAUUUGCAUACCACCCUCACUGUUGUACUGGUCUUCUUGACCUCUAAUAUAAACACAAUUAUGUAUUUUUCCAGAGUACAUGCAUUUGACAAUGUUUAUGUAGUGACUGCAAAAGUGAUGGUACUGCUUUAGAACCCAAACUUUUCACCAAGGUGUCCAAAUUAAUAAGUCUUGAAUAUAGGGAAUUUAAGCCUUGAAGAGGAAUGUUACUUUUCUGUCUAAAAUCAGAUCUGAAGUUUUUGUAAUUUUUGUAAUGAUACAGUAUUUUAAAUUUCUUAAUACUCUUGCUGUUUACUAAAUGUGCAUUUUCUCUUUGCUGAUAUUAGUGACAAAAUAAUCAUGCUUUUAUUUUUAUCUACACCACAUGAUUGAUGUAAGCUACUUUCAUGUCCAGGGGAUGAUUUGAUUGGUGCAAACUGUUGUAUGUCUAAUAAAUCAUAAGUCAGGACUGGUCAUUUUGAUGUAAAUAAUGUGUUAUGUAAAUAAAUCUAAAGAAAGAUACCUUCAAA